CCAGCAACCCUCACGGCUUCACCCAGGUUACAGAAGCUCAAGAGCCGUCAUGGCCACAAAAUAUGCCUUCACACAAGGCCUACGAGAGCUGCGAUUCCAUUUGUGUAGCUCCGGCCAAGGGAGUGAAGCAGCCCGUUCAUUCCUCAAGCGAGCAUAUCCUACGAUGAAACAUCACAACCCCAACACGCCGAUCUUAAUACGGGAAGCCGUGGGUGUCGAGCCAAAGGUGUGGGCAAGAUAUGGGCUAGGAAAGGAGAAAUCAGAGUCAUUAUCAGGACUCUCGGACAAAGAAAUCGAGGAGAAGAUCACGGCCCUGGUCAAGAGCGAGUAGGAUAGGCGAGAAGACAGUCAAGACCAACUCAGAAUCUGCGACUCAGGCUACUUAACGGUGGCCCUUGUUUUAUACUGACGAGGAACGUGGCCCCUCUGGUCGGAUCACCUUCGAUUAUACCCCAUACCAGAAAUGCUCGCAUUGGAGAAGUUCGAUUGUACAUACAACGCACGCUCAAGCGCAAAAGCAAAGGAGAACCUUCAAGAUGCACUGAAAAUGGCUUUUGCUUAGGCUUCAGCCGCCACCUCCCCGAAUCUAUAUUGCGCCCAG